CAGUGUAAGACCCCGCGCGACAAUACCCAUUCAAUCAAUCCAAAAAGCAUAUAUUCUCCGUCGCGCCAUCAACCCUUCAAUCGUUCAAUCAUCUCCAAGCAAUCAUUGUACAGCCCUCGCAACCAUGGCUACUACUGUGUCCAUAACGAGUGACCUGGAGCCUUAUCUGGCAUCCCUCCGAUCGUAUCUGGCUAAGAAUAAGCCCCCAGCUUCUCCAACAGAGGAUCCAGCCGAAGAGUCCGAGACAAAUACCAGCUCGAGCAAUUCCGACCAACAAACUCAGCGAGAGCAGCCAUGUCGGAAAGGAAGCAAGAAUAACGAUCGUGCUGGCCGCCCCCGCCCGGUGAUGAAGAUGCGCUCGUGUCGAACACACUAGUACUGGUCUUAACC